UACGUGCCUGGCUGCAUGGCGCGUGCCUCCACAGCCGUGUUUGUGUUUUAAGCUGCUAACCGUGAGUUACUUUUCGUCUUUGGGGACUGUGGAGCGCGCGAGCGCGGGAAAUCUGCGCAGCUGCGAAGUGAAAGUUACCCGUUAGCACCGAGCUAGCUUCCUUUAGCCCCGUGACGUCAGCUGACCCGAACGCACGGCUUAACGAGAUCACUGCUUCAGCUCAGGCGCGGUGUCUGACUCGGCGCCUGUGGAAACACUCGGGGCGUCACAGAGGGCGGGAAGCCGCCGACCUUCCCCCGACAGCUGGGUGAGUGAAACCGAUCCCGACCGGGGCUGACCCGGUCAGGAUGGCUCUCCGCUCGAUCCUUAACAGCAUGUGCCUCGGGAACCGAGCCGCAUGCUGUCGGUUCCCCCUGCACCCCCCGCACGCGCCCGUGCGCCGCGCCUCGUGCCAGCCCAGGUCCGGCUUUAAGCCCGAGAAGGUGGCGGUAGUGACCAAAACAACCCGGUUCGAGUUCGAGCUGCAGCGGUACCGAUAUGCGGGACUCGCCGAGGAGGACCUGAAGCAGUUGCUCGCCCUGAAGGGCUCCAGCUACAGCGGCCUGCUGGAGAGACACGACAUCCACACCAGCAACGUGGAGCACGUCGUGAGGAGCCUGGAGAGGGCGGGCAUCGAGGUGCAGCUGGUGAAGAGGGGGGCCUACAACGAAGAGGUGGUCCGGUGGGCUGAUGCCAUCGUCUCUGCUGGAGGAGACGGGACGAUGCUGCUGGUGGCCAGUAAAGUUUUGAGCAAGGACAAGCCGGUUGUUGGCGUGAACACGGACCCUGAGAGGUCAGAAGGACACCUCUGCCUGCCCGUGCGCUACACCCGUGCCUUCCCCGAGGCGCUGGACAAACUGUGCCGUGGAGAGUUCAGGUGGCUGUGGCGUCAGAGGAUCCGUCUGCACCUGGAGGGCACGGGAAUCAACCCCACCCCGGUGGACCUGCACGAGCAGCAGCUGAGCCUGGAGCAGCACAGCCAGGCUCACCGCUCCGACAGCCAACAGAGGUCUGGAACGUUGCAUCAGAGCGUCUCCACGCCGAGCCUGCUCCCCGUCAGAGGCCUCAACGAAAUCUUCAUCGGAGAAUCUCUGUCAUCCAGCCCCUCCACCUCCAGCAUGCUCACCUGUCCAGAACUCAUCAGGGCUUCCUACUAUGAGAUCUCUGUGGAGGACGGCCCGUGGGAGAAGCAGAAGAGUUCGGGGCUCAGCAUCUGCACUGGAACGGGGUCCAAAGCCUGGUCUUACAACAUCAACAAGCUGGCAGAACAAGCCGUGGAAGAGGUUCUGAAGAUUGGGAGGUCCCAGGCCGGAAUGGACGUCCCCCUGAGCCGCGAGUUCAUUGAGAAAGUCACGGACGAGUACAACCAGUCCCUGGUCUUCAGUCCGGACGACCGGCGCCUGCUCUUCAGCAUCCGGGAGCCCAUCGUCAACAGGGUUUUCUCCAGCGGCCGGCAGAGGGGCUUCGCCAGCAAGGUGUGUGUGCGCUCGCGGUGCUGGGACGCCUGCAUGGUGGUGGACGGAGGGACGUCCUUCGAGUUCAACGACGGAGCCAUCGCCACCAUCAGCACCAGUGAGGAGGACCAGCUGAGGACGGUGGUUCUGGAGAACUGAGUCAGAGUCCGAGUCCCCCUUUCUGCGUCCAUGAAGUUCAGGACUUCUCUAGUGAACAAGAAUGUGUGAAAAAAAAGUUUUUGUUUUUUUCUGAAUUUGCUUUUUAUUUUUAUUUAGUUGCAUUUUUCUGGGUUUUAAUAGAAAAUGUGCGUCUUUGCCUUUGCGUGGUGAGCUUUAGCGCCAGAGUCCGGAUUGUUUCUGAUGAUUGAGAUCCUCGACACUGAAGUAUUUAUUGAUGACUUUCUGCACUACAUAAAUCUCUGGAGCUCUGAAUGUUGGUUCACGGCGGGUUUGGAGUCCUCGCCGCUGAGCUGAAGGUCUGAGGAGAAGCGGCGGCUGAUGAGGCGGACGUUUCCUCCUCUCCCGUGAUGAGCUCCCGCCUCUGGCCGUCCGUGUCUGAAGGACUGUUACUGGCUGCUUUUCCACUCCUGAGCGUGUUUGAGGUCAAACUGAUGGACAGCAGGGGGAUUUUUGGAACAGAACCUUUGUAUUUUAUAGCUGUUUGAAUGAAGGCGAAGCUUCAGUAUGAAUUGUUUUUCUAAAUCUCAGAAGCACCAACCAGCCGUGACGCUGGCAGCACAAAUGUCUGACGUCUUGUUUCAUGACCCGCGUUGGAGCUCGGAGGAGGAGUCUGUCGAGGCGCCGCCAAAGUCUGGAGAUUAAACAUAUCAGCUGUCUGAGCUC